ACGUAUAUGACGUAUACGGCUGAACAAUAUACGACAUUAAUUGUUUCGGCAGAGAAAAGUUACAAAUAUCAUAAUAUGCAGUGGUUAAGAAUAUAUUUAUAAUAAAAUCUUCUACUAAAAGUUAAAAUUUACUCAAGAAUGACUCGGGCUAACAGAAAGAGAGGGCGCGAUGCAGAAGAAGAAUCUAGUGAAUUUAUGCCAUUAAGUAAAAGAAUUAAUAAUCUUCAUAUUAAUGGUCUAUCAGGCAUGCAAGAAAAUGUGUCUGAAAACAUGGAAACAGAUUGUUGCAAUAGGAAUUUUAUGCCUUCUCCAAAUUAUUCAGAACUUUCUCAAGGAUCACCAUUAUACGAUGGAUAUAGCUCUAGCCAAAGUAGUUACAUAGCAGAAUAUAAACCUGAUUUAGAUGCUAUUGAAAAUCCAUUUUAUUAUGAAAGUAAUAAGCUACUAUUUUCUUUAUACAUGGAACGUAUACAGAGAACAUCUGAUUCAUUUUGAUAUCUCUAUUUUCAAAUUAUAAUUCCUAAUCAUUAAGCAUUUCUUGCAUGUCAUUUGUUUCAUUCCUUUUCAAUACAAUUUUAUUAAUUAAAUCAUUAAAAAUUUUAAAAAGUCUUGAAGAUCUUUAAUAACAAUUUAUUAUUUAUUAUAUAAAUGAAAUUGUAUAUAUAAAAAGAAAAUUAAAUAUUUAA